UCGUGACGUCACACGCGCGCUGUUCCGGGAUCAUGGCUGCGCGCGUCGAGUUGAGUGCACGUCGGUGUUGCUUGUAGUUUGACGACGCUAGGUGAAUGCUCGUCCUGCCGCGUGUGUUUGAGAUGGCAGUGACGCAUCUUUUCCGGCCGCUCGUCCGGCAGGCGAGCGCUCGCGUGUACAGGAAGUACAGCAAGGCAUGUCCGACGUUGCCAGAGAGAGUGCAAGUCUUUGAGUCUCUUUGGGAGCAGAGGAUCAAAAAAAGGAGCGCUGAGGCCUCUGAAAAGUGCAUCAGUGUCCAGGUUGGCGAUGGGCAGCUUGUGAAGGGAACUGCUGGCGUCACAACGCCGCUCCGGGUCGCACAGACUAUUCGUGAGAAAGGAGCCUUGGUGAGCAAGGUGAAUGGGGAGCUGUGGGAUCUUGAGCGUCCCCUCGAGGCUGAUUGUCAGCUGCAGCUUCUCGGCUUUGACUCGCUUGAGGGAAGAGAGGCAGCGUGGCGAACAGGAGCAUGCGUGCUGGGCGGAGUGCUGCAGAGGGAGUUUGGCGCCACUGUGUAUCGCCAAGGAGCGUCGGAGCUUGGCCUUCACUGCGAUCAUGUGUUGGAUGACAGUGCUGCCUUGUCUCUGAGUGCUGUGGAGGAGCAAUGCAAGGCAGCCGCCGCCCUCAAGCUGCCUCUGACCAGGCUGGAACUCGACGCACAAGAGAUGAGCACCCUCUUCCAGGAUGACCUGCUCAGAUUGCGGUUUGCACAGGAGCAGUUGAAGGGCCUCACUGCUACAGUAUACAGGUGUGGAGACUUUGUAGCAGUCUGCAACGGGCCCCUCCUCCCUCACACUGGCCUCCUCGGUGUGUUCAAGAUGCUCCAGCUGUCACCCCUCACCCUGGUCGAUCAGAGCGAGUGUCCGCCUUUGAAGCGUCUUUUCGGGGUGGCCUUUCCUACAGCCAAGCAUAAAGAGCAGUGGGAGAGAGAACAGGAGGAGGCCCGCAGGAGGGACCACAGACGCAUCGGCACGGAGCAGGAGCUGUUCUUCUUCAACGAUGUCAGUCCUGGAAGCUGCUUUUUUCUCCCGAAAGGUGCGCACGUGUACAACGCCCUCACAGACUUCAUCAAGAGCGAGUACCGGCGCCGAGGCUUCACCGAGGUCAUCACGCCGACUCUGUACAGCACUGCCUUAUGGGAGCGCUCGGGCCACUGGCAACACUACAGCGACAACAUGUUCACCGUCACCUCUGAGGGCUCGCAGACCUAUGCGCUCAAGCCCAUGAACUGCCCCGCCCACUGCCUGAUGUUCGAGCAGCGCGUGCGCUCGUGGCGAGAGCUUCCUCUGCGCUGGGCCGACUUCGGGGCGCUGCAUCGCAACGAGCUCUCCGGCGCUCUCGGGGGUCUCACCCGGGUCCGCAGGUUCUGCCAAGACGACGCUCACAUCUUCUGCGCGCCCGAGCAGCUGGAAGACGAGAUUGUGGCUUGUUUGGACUUUGUGAGGCGCGUUUAUCAAGUGUUUGGGUUUUCCUUCCAUUGCCUCCUGUCCACACGUCCCACUCCCUGCCUCGGGGAGCCCGAGCAGUGGGACUGCGCCGAGCAGCAGUUGGAGCGGGGUCUGCGGCAGUUUGGCGAGAGGUGGGAGUUGAACCCGGGGGACGGAGCCUUCUACGGGCCCAAGAUUGACAUCCAGAUAAGAGAUGCGAUUGGCCGACAGCACCAGUGCGCCACCAUCCAGUUGGACUUUCAACUGCCAAUUAGAUUUGACCUUCAGUACGUCGGGCGAGACGGCCGGUCCCAUCGGCCAGUGAUGAUCCACCGUGCGGUCCUUGGUUCAGUGGAGAGGAUGAUUGCCAUCUUGGCUGAAAACUUUGGAGGCAAAUGGCCGCUAUGGUUGUCUCCGGCGCAGGUCAUGGUCAUCCCUGUGGGAAGCAGCUGCAAAGCAGCUGCCAAGGAGUUGGUGCAGCAGUUUCGCAAAGCUGGCUUCAUGGCGGAUUUGAACGAAGACGCCGGCGCCACCUUAAGUAAGAAGAUUCGCUCUGCUCAACUGGCGCGAUACAACUACACCUUGGUGGUCGGCGAUGAGGAGCGUGAGAGCGCCACGGUGAGCGUGCGCAGCCGAGGCGGCCGGCAGCUGGGCAGGAGGUCCGUCGAGGAGGUUCUGACGAUCCUCUCGCAACUACGAGACUCCAGGAGUAACCAAGAUGACUUUUAAAGGCUGACACACGCGACAUUCGCGAUCAAAUAACGCAAGCGGAUUACACGUACACAUUUUCGAGCUAUCGUUGGCUGUCACAAAUUUGAGGACGGCUCUUUCUUUGAACUCAGCCUUUGCCCUGGUUGCUCUGGUAACACGGUGGCUCUUUGAGAGGCGGAUUGCGUCGGGGGAAAUCAUGUUGUAGAAAUGUUAAAAGUCAUGGGAACUGUUUUUUAAAUGUAAGAAAAGAAUCAUAGUAAUUUAUAUCAACAACUGUGGAACAAUUACAAAUGUGUCAUGUGACCAAUCUUUGUUUUGUGUGCUGCCCAUCUGGGAAAAGCACACCUUCAAUUUCCAAUAAAACUGCAUCGACCCUU